GAACGGACAGCAGCAGUGUACUGCGAACGCGCGUGUCCGUUGCGCUUGUAACGUACUCGUAGUCGUGCGCGCUCGCCUCUCGUGCGUCGUUUUUGUGUAACGCGCUCGUCACAACAUCACCAAUUUUUCGUCACCGCCGUUGUAUCACAAACACAUCCAACACUGCGUCACCACGUUCACCAACCACCGUCACAGUGGCCACUACUGCAACCGGUGGCGGCAUGAGCGUCGCCGCAGCUUAUCCGGGUUUUCCGGAAUACGCGGGUUACUCCGAUGGCACCCGCACCGCCGCCGCUGUAACUGUCACGGCGACGAAUGGCCUGGCUGACGAUGAAAAAUCCUCACCCAAGCAGCCCCGGACCACCGUCUUGUCCGGAUUGCGGACAGUCUUCGAACCGUCCAUGAACCGGUUGUCGAUGAAGAUUUACGGCAGUGAGAAGGCCGUGCUCAAGGAACGGCUCAGGCAACGACUCCUGGGUGCCUGGAUCAUCCACCCCUGUUCUAAGUUCAGGUUUUAUUGGGAUUUGUGUAUGCUCCUGUUAUUGGUUGCCAAUUUGAUUAUACUUCCGGUUGGAAUAUCUUUUUUCAACGACGACUUCGAUACAAGAUGGAUAAUAUUUAAUUGUUUAUCGGAUACGAUAUUUCUCGUGGACAUUAUCGUAAACUUUAGAACUGGUAUCUUACAAACGGACAAUUCCGAACAAGUGAUAUUAGAACCAAAACUGAUAGCUAGAAACUACUUGAGAUCCUGGUUUUUCUUGGAUCUGAUUAGUUCCCUUCCGUUGGAUUAUCUAUUUCUUAUGUUUAAUCAGGAUGUGGGUGAAGGUAUACAGAUUUUACACGCUGGUCGAGCUCUUCGAAUUCUUCGACUUGCGAAGCUACUCAGUUUAGUUAGAUUACUCCGUUUAUCAAGACUGGUGCGAUAUGUGAAUCAAUGGGAAGAAGUAUACUUCCUGAACAUGGCCAGUGUGUUUAUGAGGAUAUUUAAUUUAAUAUGCAUGAUGCUACUCAUUGGACAUUGGUCUGGAUGUCUACAAUUUCUCGUUCCUAGCUUACAAGGAUUUCCUGCCAAUUCGUGGGUUGCCAUUAACGAGUUACAGGAUACCAAUUGGGCUGAACAAUAUUCGUGGUCUCUGUUUAAGGCAAUGUCUCAUAUGUUGUGCAUUGGUUAUGGUCGGUUCCCUCCACAGUCGUUAACCGACAUGUGGUUGACAAUGUUGUCUAUGAUUAGUGGAGCCACGUGUUAUGCUUUAUUCUUGGGGCACGCCACUAAUUUGAUACAAAGCUUGGAUUCAUCCCGUAGACAGUAUCGUGAAAAGGUCAAACAAGUAGAAGAAUACAUGUCAUACAGACGGCUGCCGUUAGACAUGCGCAAGAGGAUAACAGAAUACUUUGAGCACAGAUACCAGGGAAAGUUUUUCGACGAAAAGUGGAUAUUGGACGAAAUGUCAGACAAACUGCGAGAGGACGUUCGUAAUUACACUUGCCGGAGGUUAGUGACAAAUUUGCCACUUCUGCAGAAUGCCGACACCAACCUUCUCACUGAAUUGACUGAUUGUUUAGAGUUUGAAAUGUUCCAGCCUGGUGACACGAUCAUGCGCGAAGGGACAGCAGCCACGAAGAUGUACUUCGUGCACGAGGGCGUCGUCGAGGUGUUGGUGGCCGGUGGCCAGGAGGUUGUGGCCACGCUGAGCGACGGCAGCUACUUCGGCGAGACGUGCUUGUGGGCGUCUGGGGCUCGGCGUCCCGUCAGCGUGCGGGCCGACACGUAUUGCAACCUGUUCUCGCUAUCGGCGACCGCUUUUACCAGGGUCAUGGACCGGUAUCCCAAGUUCAAGGACCACGUGACCUCCGUGCUAGUCGAUCGCGCCAACCGGAUGGCCAACAUCGGCCAGCGCGUGGUCUCCGGAGACACUAAGCUGUGACAUGGCAGCCAAUUAUUAUAUGAUAAUUUUUAGUUAUUAUAUACAAAACUAUCGACGAGGAACAAAAAAAAAAUUGUCACGUGUUGUACAGUCAGCGUUUCGGUUUCUACAUGAUAAUAUUACUCCGAUAUUAUUGUUUUUUAUUCUUCUCGACUAACUACUACCACUACCCUCCUCCCCCAACUACCUUUAAUAAUAAUUAUAUAUUAUAAAUGUGUUUUUUGAUUUUUUUUAGAGCUCAACGUUUAUUAUUGCCAUACGAUUAAAUUAUUAUAGUAAUUAUAGGUAUUUUAUAAUUAUUAAAUGAUAUUAUAAUACUGUAUCAUCAUACUAUGUUUUACGCAACAUUAUUAUUUUGAUUACUGAUAAGUUAAAAAAUUAAACAUAUUAAGCUAA